AGUGUUGUGUUCUGUAUUGCUGAAGUUCUCUCAAACCCAGUUUGUAAGACAAGGUAAGAGAUUUUUAAAAGUGAACUAACCACGAAGGUGAUAUUUCAGGUUCUCAUGGUAGCCAGUAUAAAGAUGACUGUCUUCUGUGAUUUUUCAUGUAGUCUUAGUAGAAGUCUGCCAACAUUUCUGUGGUGUUUACGAGGAGCACCAGCCAUUAUUUAGUUAUUAAAUUCGAACAGACACAUCCGAAAGUAUUGACAUUAUCUCGAGAAAAUAUUGAGACCUUUGUGUCGUCAAAACUCUAAUGCAAAUGGAAAAAGAAUUGAUUUGCAAGUUUUCGUAAAAUUCUGCAAUAUUAAAAUUGAUUAGUCCUGAGUGUGUCAGGUUGAAUAUGAUCACGCAAGUCGUCACACCAUAUGCCUAGGAACACACGUUACUUACUGUGACCAUGUUUACAGUCUGGUUUUAAAUCAUGUCGGUCAGUGUGUUGUUAUUAUAGUUCAGUUCGGUGUGAUAAGAAUGUUAAUACACGUGUUCAAAUAAUAAUCCAGAUUCCACAGCACUGAUAGUAUUUAAAUUGUCAUAUCUAAAUAAUUACUAAUCAUUUGUUAUAGUCACAAAAUAACAUUAAGAGUUGCGGCUUGUCGUCGCAAAUAUAAUCGUUUUUAUCUCGCAGUGUACGGAUGUGUAAGUAGAGACCGUUCUCAGGGGUUAAUUCCCACGAAGCCAAUGUAGUAAUAAUUUAGAUGACAUAAUAUUGAAAAUUCUAUCAUAGAAUUUGCAGGUAUUUCCGUAGUUCGAAUUGUUAGAACCGUUCGCAUUGCCAUCAUUCAUUGAUUUAUAACAAUCAACUUCAAGUGCUGUGCUGAGGUAGUAUGGAAUGGGGAUAAUUAUCAGUGCUGAGUUGAAAGGAUUGUGGGAAGAAGCUGCCUCUUUUAAUGUUAUUCUGCUAUUCAUGUAGAGGCGCUAAAGGGAAACCACAAAAAUUGUUUUAGAGUGAGUGAUGGGUGAAAUAAAGGAGGAACCCUUAUCGGACAAUGAGACAGAACCAAUACUUUCACUUGUUGAAGUUCAGUUCACUGACAAACAGGAGCAGAUUUCAGAGCCAUUUAAUUUUGUUGAAGUGAAGAAUGAAUAUCAGGAAGAGUCAAUUGAUGUUAAUGCAAUAAAAGAGGAAUUAAAGGAUGAAGUAACUGUAGAUGAAUCCAAAAUGUUUGUGGACAGGCACUUCAUGGAUGCUCCUAUGAAGAGAGCAAGGACUGUCCUAACCCUUGAAACAAAGCUUAAUAUUAUACAGAGGCUUGAGAAUGGAGAGACUGCUGCGUCACUUGGGCGCCUGUAUAAUAUGAAUGAGUCGAGCAUACGCACAAUAAAGAAGAAUGCGGAAAGAAUUAGAAACUCCGUUGCUCAGUCAUGCUCAUUAGCUGCAAAGAAAACUGUCAGGGUGAGAAAUCCACUGCUUGAAAAAAUCGAAAAGAUGCUGGCGAUCUGGGUUGAAGAUAGGAAUAAAAAGAAGAUGGAAGUUAACUCUCGCAUCAUUCGCACGAAGGCUCUGAGACUGUAUGAGCACUUACAGCAGAGGAACACUGGUUCUUCAUCUGCAGAGCCUUUUGCAGCAAGUAAAGGUUGGUUUGAUAAGUUCCAGAAACGUCAAAAUCUGCACAUCAAGCUAAAGGGCGAUGCUGGCAGCGGAGAUGACGUUGCGACGUACGACUUUUCAGAUGACUUUAAGGCUCUUGUCACUGCUAAAGGAUACAGGCCACAGCAAGUUUUUAAUGUGGAUGAGACUGGUUUAUUCUGGAAACGCAUGCCAAGUAGAACGUUCAUAUCAAAAGAAGAAAAGACUGCCCCUGGUUUUAAGGCGGCGAAGGACAGACUUACUGUUUUGUUAUGUGGUAAUGCUGAGGGUGAUUUUAAAUGUAAACCUUUACUGGUGUACCACUCCCAAACUCCAAGAGCCUUGAAAGGUGGAAGACUUCAAAACCUGCCAGUUCAUUGGAGAUCAAAUAGAAAGGCGUGGGUAACUGGAAAAUUGUUUGAAGACUGGUUUCUCACUUGUUUUUGUGUGGAAGUAGAGCAAUACUGCCAUGCGUCUGGCAUUGCUUUUAAGGCUUUGCUUGUCCUUGAUAAUGCCCCAGGACACCCUGCACACUUGAAUGACCUACAUCCUAAUGUCAGAGUAAUGUUUUUGCCUCCCAACUCCACUUCCUUAAUACAGCCCAUGGAUCAGGGCGUUAUAGCAAUUUUUAAGGUUUAUUAUCUGCGACUGAUAUUCUCCCAGUUGCCGAAUGGAUCUGAACAAUGCGGUAAGCAAUCGGUUCGUGAGUUCUGGCGUAGUUACAACAUCCUGCAUGCCGUUAAGAACAUAAGUUGUGCCUGGAAUGAAAUUGAUGUCAGCAUCAUGAAUGCUGUUUGGAAAAAGUUAUGGAAAGAAUGUGUCCACGACAUGAGACGAUGCGUGAACCCAUAUUCAGAAGUACACGAGAUUGUUAGCCUCGGUCAGAAGGUUGCAGGGGAAGGAUUUGAGGACUUACGAGAGGUAGAUAUCAUGGACCUUCUCCAGUCUCAUGAAGAAGAGCUGUCCGUGGAAGAUUUAGUGGAGCUGACGCAAAGAGAACCAGAGAAUCAAGAUGUAAUGCAAAAGGAUAAAUUGACACUGAAGAGACUGGCUCAUUUCUUCACUCUUGCUGACCGACUGACCCAGGAGGCAAUGGAUAUGGACCCAAAUGUUGAGCGGAGUUUACAGUUUGGAAGGAACUUAACGUUAGCUUUGACACCCUACAGGGAAAUCUACAGGGAUAAACAGCGCCAGUCAAACUCUCUGCAUUAAUACUCCAGGUCCAAGACCAGUACUAUGCU